AUGAAAACAAAACUCAUCACGUUGGCGUUGCUCGUGGCUCUGGCUGACAAUCCAUCUUUCUCCUACAACGCUCCUGCAUCCCGCCCAUCCGCCCCCGUCAGACUCGUCGAAAUCGUCCGCGACGAUCGAAUCCAUCCUGCUGCUGACAGCUCUUACACCUUCGACGUCGAGACCGAGGAUGGCAUCGUCAGGCACGAGGCUGGUGGCCCAGGUGCUCAACAAGGCUCAGUUAGUUGUAUAUUUUUUAUCGGCCAAGUGUCCGACCUCCAGUUCGUCGCCAACGCCAACGGUUAUAAGCCUCAAUCGCCCUUCCAGCCUGUGGCUCCUGCUCUCCCCCACUCCAUUCCCGCCCACGCCCUCGAGCAGAUCGAGCGAGGGCUACUUGAGUAUAAAGCUUGCGCCCGCGGAGAACUGCGCGACCCAUCCAGCCAGGGUCACUCCAUUCCCUCAUAA